AUGCCGAUUAAUCCAGUAGAUCUAUUUCCACGCGCUGAUACAUUAUCUCUACGUGGUUCUAAGAGGAACAAUUGUCUUCGAGAACUCGGUAAGUGUAGAAGUUCUAUAUCAUCAUUAGUUCCGUGGUCAUCUAUAACAAAUAUUUCAAUCAAUCAUAGUAAUGUUCUUACUCCGGCCAUAUUCGAAUCAAUAUUACGAAUGGCUUAUAAUGUACACAAACUAAAUUUGUUUGAUGAUAGAGGAAUUUUACUUCGUCCAAUAUUAAAUAAUCAUAAUCUCGGAAUUCUUAUCAAUCAACAAAAACUUUCAUUUUCUAUUUCUGAUGGAUAUGAUCAAUGGCGAUGGAAACCAUCUUGUAUUGUUGAUGGGAAAAAUAAAUCUACAAAACGUAUUGUUACUCUUAUUUAUCUGCUUGUUGAUCAAUUACAAAAACUUGUUUCGCUACGUAUCACCUUUUCCAAUUCGAGAUAUUCUGAUACGCCUUGUUUUCCACAUUUAAUUCGACGACAAUUACAUCAUUAUCCACUUAAUCAACCAUUUCGAUUACGAGUUACUUCCAAUGAAAUUCAUAUCUGGCUUUAA